UAAUUGCACCUCGCAACCCAAUCUGUUAGCCAUCAAAUAAUCAUCUUUGAGAAGCUUCCAUGGUGGAUAAUUCUGCUUGCAAUCCGGAGCUCGUUCUUGCUCAUAAGUUCAGCGAGGAAAUAAUUACUUAUACGGAGAGAGAUGUAGCUGUUUAUGCUUUGGGUGUUGGAGCAUGUGGUCGCGACGCCGUUGAUACCGGUGAACUUAAAUAUGUUUACGAUGAAAACGGACAGCAGUUUAUCAAGGUUUUGCCAACAUUUUCUACUUUAUUUUCACUUGGAGUUCUGCCACAAAUUUGUUCUAUGCCUGGCUUACAAUUCGAUAAACGUCUUGUGUUGCAUGGACAACAAUACAUAGAGAUAUACAAGCCACUUCCUGCAAAUGCUACUAUACACAGCAAAGUAACUGUAGCAGGAUUGCAUGAUAAAGGUAAAGCCUCUGUUCUUGAGAUUGAAACCAGAAGUUAUAAGAAAGAGUCCGGUGAACUAUUAAGCUUGAACAGGACAAGUGUUUUCCUACGGGGUGCUGGUGGCUUCUCAGAUCCAUCUAAGCCCUUUACAUACUCGAACUAUCCGGUCAAUCAGACUUCUAUGAAAAUCCCAAAAACUCAACCUUUUGCGGCUUUUGAGGAUUGUACCCAACCAUCUCAGGCAUUAUUGUAUAGGUUAUCUGGUGACUACAAUCCUCUGCAUUCAGAUCCUAUGAUUGGGAAGGCUGCAGGAUUCUCGAGGCCAAUUUUGCAUGGAUUGUGCACCCUUGGGUUUGCGGUACGGGCAAUCAUAAAAUGUAUUUGCAGGGGAGACCCAGACAUGAUCAAAAACAUCUUUGCACGAUUCCUUUUACACGUGUAUCCUGGUGAAGCAUUGAUAACUGAGAUGUGGAUCGAAGACUUCAGGGUCAUUUAUCAGGUAAAGGUGAAAGAAAGGAACCGAGCGGUGCUGUCAGGCUAUGUUCAACUCCACCAUCGAUUAGCAGCUUCACUAUAAAUGAACUUUAUGCAUUACUCAAAUAAACAUAUUUAAAAGUUUCCAAGCUUUGGACGCGUAAGUUUGUUAUUUUAAUUGAAGGGUGAAUUGCUGUGUCCAA